GGCAAAACAACUCCAGACCGUAUCGUAGAAGAAGUGUCAAAGGCAGCAUUGAAGCUUGUGUAUUUGGCUAUGGGCUCAGGGAUUUCUGGCUUUCUACAGGUGUCGUGUUGGAUGGUGACCGGCGAAAGGCAGGCUGCGAGGAUUCGAGGUUUGUACUUGAAAACAAUAUUAAGACAAGACAUCGCGUUCUUCGACACUGAAACAACCACUGGAGAAGUCAUAGGGAGAAUGUCUGGAGAUACAGUCCUCAUUCAAGAGGCCAUGGGAGAAAAGGUUGCAUCCUUCACUGGGGAGAAACUAGCACUAGAAAGAUAUAAAAGCAAGAUCGAAGUGGCGUACAAAGCCAGCAUUCAACAAGGGCUGGCCUCAGGUGCAGGACUUGGAACACUUAUGCUUAUUGUGAUUAGCACUUAUGGACUAGCUAUAUGGUAUGGAUCCAAAUUGAUCAUAGAAAAAGGAUAUGCUGGUGGAGAUAUCAUCAACAUUGUAAUGGCAAUCAUGAUGGGGGGAAUAUCAUUGGGUCAGACAUCCCCGAGUAUAAAUGCAUUUGCAGCAGGGCAAGCUGCUGCAUAUAAGAUGUUCGAUACAAUCAAACGCACACCAAGCAUCGAUGUCUACGACAUGAGUGGGAUUACAUUGGAUAAGAUCAAUGGUGAAAUCGAACUCAAAGAUGUUUAUUUUAGAUACCCUGCCAGACCAGAAGUGCAGAUCUUUUCAGGAUUCUCACUGUAUGUUCCGAGUGGAACAACAGCAGCUUUAGUUGGACAAAGUGGAAGUGGGAAGUCAACAGUCAUCAGCCUUGUGGAGAGGUUCUAUGAUCCUGAAGCUGGUGAAGUGCUUAUAGAUGGUUUUAAUUUAAAGAAGUUUCAACUCAAAUGGAUAAGGGAGCAGAUUGGGCUUGUUAGUCAGGAACCUAUUUUGUUUGCAACUACAAUGAAGGAGAAUAUAGCUUAUGGGAAGGAGAAGGCAACUGAUAAGGAGAUUAGAGACGCAAUUGAGCUUGCUAAUGCGGCAAAAUUUAUCGACACACUGCCCCAGGGGCUUAACACAAUGGUAGGUGAGCAUGGAACUCAGCUAUCUGGAGGACAAAAGCAAAGACUUGCAAUUGCUAGGGCAAUUUUAAAGAACCCAAAAAUCCUUCUUCUUGAUGAAGCAACAAGUGCCCUGGAUAAUGAAUCCGAACGCAUUGUCCAAGAUGCACUGGAUAGAGUUAUGACAAAUCGAACGACUGUGAUUGUUGCACAUCGAUUGACAACUAUCAGAAAUGCUGACAUGAUAGCAGUGGUGCAUCAGGGAAAGUUAAUGGAAAAAGGAACUCAUGAGGAGUUGAUAAAAGAUCCAGAGGGGGGUUACUCGCAGCUAGUUCGUCUGCAAGAAGGAGUUAAAGAAUCUGAAGAUGGUAGAGUCAGUUCUGGAAAUAAGACUGAUACAAGUUCUGGUGUACUUGAUAAUUCCAUGGCAAGUGUAUACGAGACCAAAGAGGGAGGUGAGGAAAGUGAAAAAAGUCCAAUGGAUGGUGAGAAGAAACAGAAUGUUUCCAUCAUGAGAUUGGCCAGCAUGAGCAAACCUGAGGCUCUACAUUUAUUGAUUGGAUCACUUGCUGCAUCAAUACAUGGUGUAGUCUUACCUGUAUUUGCACUCUUACUUUCAUCAUCCAUUUCCAUGUUCUUCAAGCCACCGGAUCAGCUGCGCAAAGAUUCUCAAUUUUGGGCACUUCUGUUUGUUGGUUUGGGUGUCGUUAUUUUUGUGGUUGCUCCUUUCCAGAAUUACUUCUUUGGAAUUGCUGGAGGUAGACUAAUAAAACGUAUUCGAACCUUGACGUUUGAUAAAGUUGUGCACCAAGAAAUCAGUUGGUUUGAUGAUCCUGCAAAUUCAAGUGGUGCAAUUGGCGCAAGGUUAUCAACCGAUGCUUCUACCAUUCGAAGCAUUGUUGGUGAUGCCUUAGCGCUAAUCGUCCAGAAUAUGGCAACAAUCACAGCAGCGCUAGUCAUAGCCUUCACAGCUAACUGGAUUUUGGCUUUUAUAAUUUUAGCAGUAUCACCAUUUAUGAUAAUUGAAGGAGCUCUUCAAGCAAAAUUUAUGAAGGGGUUUGGCGAAGACGCCAAGCGAAUGUAUGAAGAAGCAAGUCAAGUGGCUAAUGAUGCAGUUGGCAGCAUAAGAACUGUUGCCUCAUACUGUGCAGAGAAGAAAAUGAUGGAUUUGUAUCAACAAAAAUGCGAAGGCCCCAGGAAGCAUGGAGUCCGCUUAGGAUUCGUAAGUGGUGCAGGUUUCGGCUUUUCUUUCGCUGUGCUCUUUUGUACAAAUGGAUUCUGCUUCUACAUUGGGUCAUUGCUUGUACAAAAUGGAAAAGCAACAUUCGAAGAAGUUUUCAGGGUUCUCUUUGCAUUCUCAAUGGCAGCCAUAGCUGUCUCCAAUUCCACUUCCAUGGCUCCAGACACCAACAAAGCUAAGAAUUCAGCAGCUUCAAUAUUUGAAAUUAUUGACAGAAAGCCUAAAAUUGACUCAAGCAGUAAUGAGGGCAUGACACUGACUAGUGUUCAAGGUUAUAUUGAACUUGAACAUGUGAGUUUCAAAUAUCCAACCAGACCUGAUGUUCAAAUUUUCCAAGACUUGAGCUUGAGCAUCCCUUCUGGAAAGACUCUGGCUCUUGUCGGAGAGAGUGGUAGCGGAAAGUCAACUGUAAUAAGCCUUAUAGAGAGAUUUUAUGCUCCUGAUUCUGGCCGAAUAUUUUUGGAUAAUGUAGAAAUAGAAAAGUUCCAACUAAGUUGGUUGAGGCAACAGAUGGGAUUGGUCAGCCAAGAGCCAAUACUAUUCAAUGAAACUAUCCGCCAGAACAUUGCCUACGGCAAACACGGAGAGGCUACAGAAGAUGAGAUCAUUGCAGCAACAAAGGCAUCAAAUGCACACAACUUUAUAGCUGCAUUGCCACUAGGUUAUGACACAAAUGUAGGGGAAAGAGGAGUACAGCUAUCUGGUGGGCAGAAACAAAGGAUUGCCAUAGCAAGAGCUAUAUUAAAGAAUCCUAAAAUUCUUUUGCUCGAUGAGGCAACAAGUGCACUAGACGCAGAGUCAGAACGUGUAGUACAAGAUGCAUUAGAGAGUGUGAUGGUUAACAGGACAACAGUAGUUGUUGCUCAUCGCCUUACCACCAUAAAAAAUGCAGACAUAAUUGCUGUUGUUAAGAAUGGUGUAAUUGCAGAGAAAGGAAGACAUGAUACACUGAUGAAAAUACCUGAUGGGGUUUACGCAUCCUUGGUUGCGCUCCAUAUGGAAGCAUCAUGACCAGAAGAAAAUUGUUUUACUGUAGAAGAAACUCAGCUUCCUUUGCAGACUUUGAUUGAUGGGGAAGGUUUGCACCUGCAGAGAGCAUCAGAGAAAGUAACACUCACCUUAAACUUAUAAGAGACUGAAGUGAGGUCUUCAUGCAAACUGUACCAGAAACACAGAAUGGUUUUACCAAUUUUUUUUUUUUUUUUUAAUUUGCAAGUGCUGAAACUGUAGGUGGCGAUCACCUGUAUGCACUCGCACAAAAAUUA